UCGAUUGUGUACAGUUGAUGAAAAUAUACAGUUGGCUUUGAUCGAUUGAUGCAAUAGCUACACUCGAUCAUGCUUAUAGUACAUUCGACAGAUUGUGUGCAUGUAUUUAAUUGAAAAAAGAAAAUGCAAGAGAAAGUAGUGGGUUAAUAGCUAAGCUCUUUCUACGAGGUGCCAAUUUAAUAUUGCUAUAUCUUCUCACUGGGCGCAAACCAUGGCUACAUUAUUUAUUGCCUGGAGCAUGACUCAUAUAAUGAUUGAAACAAUUCAAGAAUCAUUCAAGACAUUCGCAAUGAAACUAUACUUUUAAGAGUUGAUUGGAUUUAUUUUGCGUGUUAACUUAUUUUCACAUAUUGAUAAAGAGUAAAGGUGUACAAUUUGGAUUGACUUUGAAGAUGCACAGUAAGGCUCAUGUGCACCUCAAACUUGCCAGAAUAAACUCUCAUUACAUUAUUGCCUCCCAUUCAAGGCUACACGCUAUGAAUUGGCAAAUUUUAAUCUUUCAAUGAGCAGUCAACUAACACCUAGUUGCAAUAAAUUAAUUGAUUCAAUUCGGCUCAAACAACGGAAUUCGAUUAAAUGUAAAAAUUUCCAAAAACAUAAUCUAUCAAAGUUGGCCAUAAUUACGGUGAUGGAAGGAUGUCGUCACUUUUGAAUUUGGCUGGUCCAACUUUCAGCAGUAUUAGUAAUAGCGAAGGCAAGAAUAUUGGAAACGACACGAAUUCCGACACUAUCAGCAAAAUAAUAUCGGAUAUCGGGGUGGGGACGCACCCUGACACAUCAGCAGCAGAGGAGGUCAUCCAACCAGGAUUGGUUUCGAUCAUUAUUGCCAUUUUCUUGGUGUUCGUUCUGUCAUUGAACACACUGGCCUGUAAUUCUAUAAUUUUGGCGGCGUUUUAUCGAUACAAACGCCUGAGGACGGCUUCCAACUGCCUUUUAAUGUCUCUCGCGGUUAGCGACUUUGGGGUUGGCUUGUUCAUGCCAUUUGGAGCGUACCUCGAACUAUCAAAUUUGACUUCAACUGUAGAACCGACAUCACCCUCACUGCCAUCUCGUUCGAGCCUGUGCGUCAUCUAUUACUGCAUUCCAGUUGCUCUGUGCAGUGUCAGUGUCCUGAUGACAGUUGCAAUUGCGAUCGACCGAUUGACAUCAUUGGCCCAACCUCUCCGCUAUAAAAACAUCAUUACUCACAGCAGCAUCGAGAGGUACAUCGCAGUGUUCUGGAUAUACGCGAUGGCUGUUGGUGGCUCACCGAUCGUUUAUGUGGAAUUUUCUGAAAACAGCGCUGCCUACAGUAGCAACUGUCGAUUCAACGGCGUCAUACUACCACCUGUACGAGUUUUCCUUUUUUUGGCCGUCUGGGCUCCGAGUGCACUUAUACUUCUCGGCUGCUACAUGUACGUGUACCUUGUGGCGCGUGCCCAUGCCCGAGCCAUAUACACGGUCGAACUUUCCUUCAGGAAUCAAACGCAGACCCUGGCAUUUCCUCGUUACGGACAAACGCUAGCGGUCACUGUAGGCGCCUUCUUCGUCUUUUGGCUACCUUUUCAGACUUGUAUGUUACUGGACAUUUUCUGCGGAACCAACAUACUGUCGAGUAGCAUCGUAUGGCUAAGUUUGCCAAUCCUCGCUCACAGCGGCACAAAUCCGUGGCUCUACGCUUUUCAUCACGGUGAAAUGCGAAUAGCCGCUGGAAAAAUCGCCGAAGAUCUCGUCUCGAUGUUCGGCUUAAUGCCGAGUCGCUACGGCUGUUCACCCGCUCGUCGCGGCUCCAACACGCAUUUGGAGCUCGCCGAGGUAGCCAACAGUCAAGACGAGCGGCGGCCACCGAUCGAGGAUUGUUUCGCUGCGGCCAAACAACAACACCAUCACAAUCUUUUGUAUGCGCUGACGCAGCCAGCAACGACCGAUCGAUAUCCGAAUGCCGUAAUCGUCAACGAUAUAUCUCCGGAAAGUCGACGCAACGGCGAUUCAACGUCCUCGGACGAGAGCGGCCUCGAAUGUUGCCACCAACAGCGAGACAUCGUCGAAAAGGAUAUACACGAUCUCGCGAAAAUGCUCGAGCCAAAGUAUGUGAUCGAUCGCAAUCAACAUAUCAUAGACUCCAAUCACAAUAUAGACAAGAUCAAGAGCCUCAAGUAUCUGCUCGAUCCGACUUUUAACAAGAUUCGACAUUUGCGCAAGCUCAAUCACAAGCCUUUUAAUGCCAAGAGUAUAACCUGUUUUCGCGAGUCUGGUUUCGUGUCGUAUCAAAAUCUCAAAUACGACAGAAACGAAGACAAAAGCUACGAGAGGAAAAAAUCUUUGCGAUCGAGCGCCGUUUCCGAGCCGAUGCUCAGUUACGAGGAUGCCGCCAUCGAGGCUUGCUUCAAUUUUCCGGCGAGCCGAGCCUCGAGUCGCACGAAUAGAAGGAAAGCUUCGAAUCUCUCGUCCGUUUCGGAUUCGAACCUAAAAGAUACCGAGCAGAGCAGCAGCUCGGACUUUGCAUUGAGACAAACUCUCGAGCACGUUGUCUUGAAAAAGCCGAACAGUUGGUGGUCGAGUACCGCCGAGCAGCGCCAGUCGCGCAGGUCGUUCACAUGGUCGCGAGCACGAAAACGAUUCAGUCGUGCGCGAGGAUCGCCUCAGCCCGUAAGCUCUCCCGAUUCCAGUUUGGAUUUGAAAUUCAAGAAUACGAGUUACGCUUCGUUGCCGAUGAGCGACGCUUGCUCGCGGAGUAAAGCUCUCCCGCGAAACUUUGCUUACCGCACCAAAAUCCAAUCCAACGCAAAGAGCUUGGACUUUAGGACGCAAACUGCAGAGAACGUCGGACCGGCCAAAUUACUCCAACCUUACAAGUUUGACUCUUUGAAAGUGCCAACGAUUCACUCGGAACCACCCAGUCCUAUCGAGCCAAUUCCACUGGAUUCUCUUAAAGAGGAGCAACUGCCUCAAACACUCGUUCACAGUCAGCAACCUCUUAAACCAGAUUCGAAUAACCAAAUUAGACAUUCGGAUCCCGUCAUAAUGCCGUCGGUCUUGUUGAACGUCGAAGACUGCAGCAGCGACGAAGCAACGAGAAAAUUAGACCCGGACGAGCUGUCGGAGCUUUUGCUCGAGCGAUACGACGAGGAGCGGCGUUUCGACACGAUAUUUCCGGAGCACGACUGCAGUACCCGCUUCGGUUCUCGGCGACCUUCGGACUCCAGAUGGUCGGAAUCGUCGCGCAGUCAAGAGAUACUGUCGAGCAGCAAUGCUCAAUCGAGCGAGCGUCAACAUUUUCCGUCGUCCUAUUCCGUGAAUAAUUUUCAAAGUUGCGCCAAAAUGGCCAACGAGAGCGGCAGCGAUCUCAACGACCUCACUAGCUGUUCUUGUCUGGUCGAGCCUUUCAUAUGCUCGGAGGCGUUGAGCUCGUCGCUGCGCGAGUCUUUCUUCAGUGCACCGUCGGUGCCCGACGAUUCCGAGGACUUGUUCACGUCGUUCGAAACGGACGAUCCAACGCCCACGCCGGAGGCUUUGCCUGCCCCUGCGAGAGGACAGUCGGCGAUAGCCGGUGCAAUCGGAACGAUGCGCUGCUCUCUGUCGAAUCUUCUUGCCAUUAAGCAGCAGCAACUUCGCCAAUACGAUUUGAUACAGCAGAGCAAAUCUACGGAGACGAUGUUCCACGAGAGCGAUAAAAGCGAACGUUUGCGUGGCGCGUUUUUGCGCCUCGAGCCGAGUGUUGGUCAUGGCAGGCCAAUGGUACGGCCCGUCGUGUUGGCACAGCGCAAGGAUUUGAGGCUCGCUCCAUUGGCCAGUCCCACUCCGAGCGAAGUGUGUACGCCUACCUUCGACAUGACCGUCGUCGCUGACAUCAAAGCCGAAGCCACGGGCUUGGGAGUUCGAGUUUGAGCUGGGCUGCUUGAGAAAAAAAACAACCUCCAUUGAUCGAUGACUUGUUCGCUCCGAAGCUUUAUGAUCAAUUACGCGCGUUUCGUGCACUGGUUGAAAAAUUGAGUAUGUUACCAAGCAAAUAUAAACUUGAUUUUGUUCUUACCUCCGAUUUCAUAUUUAAAGAAAAAUGAAUGGUAACCAAUGCGCAGAUGUUUUCUGCUGUGCGCUGUCGUAACUCUAACUGUCAAUACCUCAAAUAUCGAGUAUCAAUACGUAGUCUUUUUGAUAAUUACUAUCAAGUAGCGUCAAGAAAGAUCCAAAUUUUUCGGUCAACUCAAGCAAAUUCUUGGUAAUUAGCUUCUUUUUCAAUCAGUGCCCACAAAUUUAUGGCACUUGUACAUCUGGUACGAUAUGUAUUAUAAUGUGUAAAUAGUAUUCAUUAGACUGUUCGCAAUUGCCCAAGUUGCAUGGAAACUUGCUCUCAAAUGUUUAAAAUUUUUUUUGAACUAAAAAUAAAAAAACCCACAUUUAUGACUACAGUAACAGUGAAAUAACUAUAUGAAAGAGUUGUAUCACGAGUUUAUUUGUUUUUAGUUUUAGACAAACUUUAAAACGGAAGCGAGUUUCCAUUUACUUGAGAAGUUGCAGGUAGCCUACUAGUAUUCAUCUUCCAUGUCAGGAAUGCGAUUUUAUCAGAUCUAUGGUAAUAUAUUAUAAGAAUACUUUUUUACAAUGUAAAUUUAUGUAUUUUCACUCGCUUCCAUAACUGUGAAAAUAAUGUGAUUGUAUAUCUUUCUAAUUGUAAUGACAGAUGCACGUGAUUUUAUUAAAGGGCAUAAAAUCUCAUACUGUAGGAGUAUAAUUAAAUUUUUUUUGUACGACCGAUUUAUUACAUUAAAUUUAUGAAAUUUGAAAAUUAAAAUUCAUGGUUAAAGAUACUUAUAAUUUAUGCACAAUAUAAUAAUGCAUUAUGAAUAUCAUUCAUAUCAAACAAAUGAACGAAUCAAAGAAGAUUGUAAAAUUAUAAAAAUUCCAAAGAGUAUAUCUCAAAAAUGUAUUUCUUAUAUAAUUAAUUUAAAAAAUUGGAUAAGGUAUUUCUAACGCAAGGUAGACGUCCCUCUAAUUGACCAGCACACAUUGAAUGGCCGUCUUGGAAAAUACGUUAUUAAGGGAUUGCAUAGCUUUGUGAGACGAAUAUUAUUUUUUAAAAAAAAAUGUAUUUCAAAAAACAAGAGUUCAAUCAAUUUGAAAUUUGCGUACAAUGAAGUUCAACUGUUAAAGAUGUGAAAAAAAUUCAAAUAAAAAUAUUGAAAAUUUUCGAUUUUCUAACAAUUUUCCUUGGUCUUUCUGUUAUCUUGCGCAGGAUAUUUCUUGACACGGUCAUCGGAGAUCAAACAUUCGAUAUAUUUUUCAAAGUUUAUACUCUUGACUAGUGUUUAAGGAGGUUCCCUCGGGUAACACGCUAGUCAAUUGAGAGUUCGCGCAGCAACAUGGGUUAAGUUAAAAAACGGCAGGCUACCUCUACUUUGAGACACGGUUUUUGAAAGAUAAGAACUUUCUCUACAAUUUGUAUAUAAUCAUUCCUCUGCGAACUUUGAUUUGAUUGAUUUCUUUUCAUAAAUUGUAAAUGUAGCUCAAAUUUUCAUAAAUUCCUAUGUUGCCCAUGUUAAUUUUUGAUCGCGUUUUUCUCGAGAUUUUGCCUGGCUUGGGCAUAUGAGAGUUAUAUCAUUGGAUUCGGGAGGUCAAAAUCUAUCAAUAUUGAUGUAUGUACUUCUUGCGAACUUUGCAAGGGAACCUCCUUAAACGAAGAAAAGAAAUUGAAAUUGGAUAAUUUGGCUCGAGUUUGAAUGAUUUGUUUUUGUCCAUAUUAAGCAAAGAUACAUAUAUAUUGGGUUUUUAGACUUUUAGUUUUGAAGUAUCAUCUUUCAAAAAACAAAAAAAAAUUAAUUUCCAUCUCACAAAACCAUACGAUUCCUUAAAAACAAAUAAAAAUAAAUUUGCAUGGGUUUUAUUCAAGUUUUUAAAUACCGGUGCAUCUACCUCAUUAACACACGGACAUAGUAUAUUUAUUGCAUAUCCAAAACUGGUCAUUCACUGAUUGAAAACGGUCAAUCACUAAACAAAGUACCUUAUUUUGAAAUAAUAUUUUAUGAAAUAAAGACUAAAGGGUGGUUGGACUUGAGCAUGUUUAAGGUUUUCAGAAUAGUACCUAAAAAGUACUCUCCAAGAUCCCAUUAAAGUAAAUUAUUCUUCAUUACCCUAUGAAAAUGUAUAAUUAUGCCUUAUUUUUGUAAUAUAAGUUGCUCACUAUGAGCACAUCAUAUAACGAUAUAUUCCACAAGUUACCUACAAGAAAAACGUGACAUACUGUUUUACCACUUUCAAAAUAAUGAAUUAUGCUAACGUAUGACGCAUUCACCUAUCAAUUUAAAACUGUUAACUAAAUAGUAGAAUAAUGUUUUUUUACUUGAUGUGGGAGAAACAUGUUCGUGUAUUUUUUUAAAAAAUUAAAAUUGGAACCUAUCAUAAUUAUUGUGAGGCUUAUCAUUAUUUUUGUAACAAUUAUACUAUUAGGUUAUUAUUUAAAAAUAGAAUUAAACUGUUGAUCAUUAAAACAGAAAAUUUAUCUGUAAGGCAAAAAUAAUUCUUAAAUGCUUGCUGGUCAACAAUUAGAAAGAACUCAUUUUUCAGAUACAAAAUGCAAUUUAUGAAAUUUUUAAAAAUAUUAAAACUCAGAGUUUUAAGAUAAGCAGUUAAAAUUUUUUUAAAUAUUUAUUUAUUACAUUAGAUUGAAACUAUAUCUUCGCAUCUAUAAGUAACUAUACUUCGGAACGAGCGGCUAAAAGUACCUAUUACAUACUAAUCAUAUAUUUUCUCGAAUCAA